AUUGGUAUAAUUAAUCAGAAACCAAUUUCAAAACAUUAUAUAAAUAGCUAGUUUCAGUACUAGCUGUGCAACUCAAUUAUAGAACAAUGGCUUCCUCUAUGAUCUCCUCUUCAGCUAUCACUACAGUUAACCGUGCCUCUCCGGUACAAUCCGGUGCGGUGGCUCCAUUCGUCGGACUCAAGUCCAUGGCUGGCUUCCCAAUUACAAAGGUCAACAAAGACAUUACCUCCAUUACAAGCAAUGGUGGAAGAGUAAACUGCAUGCAGGUGUGGCCUCCUAUUGGCAAGAAGAAGUUUGAGACUCUUUCAUAUCUUCCACCAUUGACCAGAGAACAAUUGGCGAAAGAAGUUGAAUACCUUAUAAGGAAGGGAUGGGUUGCUUGCUUGGAAUUCGAGACCGAGAAAGGAUUUGUGUACCGUGAGAACCACAGUUCACCAGGAUACUAUGACGGACGUUACUGGACAAUGUGGAAGUUGCCUUUGUUUGGAGCAACUGAUGCUUCUCAAGUGUUGAAGGAGCUUGAUGAAGUUGUUGCUGCUUACCCUACUGCCUUUGUCCGUAUCAUCGGAUUCGACAAUGUUCGUCAAGUUCAAUGCAUCAGUUUCAUUGCACACACACCUGAUGUUUACUAAGUUCAUUGCACUGGAAUUUGGAAGAACUUUUUUCUUCUUCCCAUUUAUGUUUUGCUUUUAAUUUCCAUUUCUUUUUCAGGGAAAUGUUUUCCUUCUGUGUUUUUAUAUUUCUGUUUUUGGAUUUGAAAAAUGGGAUGUAUAAGAUUAAGAGUUAAUGAAUGAAAUGGUUACUUAAUUCCCAAGUUACUUAAAA